CUCCAUGAUGUGGGAACUGCGAUCCGUAGCCUUCACCCGGGCUGUCUUUGCAGAAUUUCUGGCAACUUUGGUCUUCAUCCUCUUCGGCUUGGGCUCUGCUCUGAACUGGCCCUCAUCUCCCGCCCCCAGCAUCCUUCAAAUCGCGUUGGCUUUUGGCUUGGCCAUCGGCACGCUCGUCCAAGCGCUGGGGCACAUCAGUGGAGCCCACAUCAACCCGGCAGUGACGGUGGCUUGCCUCAUCGGCUCCCAAGUCUCCUUCCUCCGCGCGGUCUUCUACGUGGUGGCCCAGCUCCUGGGGGGUGUGGUGGGGGCUGCCAUCUUACACGAGAUCACCCCUGCAGACUCCCGGGAAGGCUUGGCCAUCAACAAGCUGCACAACGAGACGACGACGGGGCAGGCGGUGACCGUUGAGCUCUUCCUCACCUUCCAGCUGGUCCUGUGCGUCUUCGCUUCUACUGACGAACGUCGGGAGGACAACCUGGGCUCUCCUGCCCUGUCCAUCGGUCUUUCUGUUGCCGUGGGACAUCUCCUUGGGAUCCGUUACACCGGCUGCUCCAUGAAUCCAGCCAGAUCUUUCGCCCCUGCUGUGAUAGUCGGCGACUUCAGCGACCACUGGGUCUUCUGGGUGGGUCCCCUGGUUGGGGCAGCAGCAGCCUCCAUCAUCUACAAUUACAUCCUCUUCCCACAAGCCAAAACCUUCUCGGAGAGACUCGCCAUCUUCAAAGGCUUCGAGCCGGAGGAGGACUGGGCAGAGCGCGAGGUCCGUCGGCGGCAGUCGGUGGAGCUUCACUCCCCACAGACCCUGCCGAGGGGGAUGUCUGAGAAGGUGUAGCCGAACCUCCUCCCAGGCUGAGAGAGGAGCUGGGG